CCGCCCCGGGGCCACGCUCCCUUGGCCGCCGCCGCCGCCCCGGGUCCGCUAGGCUCCCCAGCGCGGGAACCACCGCAGCCCGAGGAGGGGCAACAGCUGCGGAUCAGCCAGAGCGGCCAGUUCAGCGACGGGCUGGAGGAUCGAGGCUUACUGGAAAGCAGCACUCGUCUAAAACCUCACGAAGCCCAGAACUACAGAAAGAAGGCGUUGUGGGUCUCCUGGUUCUCCAUUAUUGUGACACUGGCCCUGGCGGUGGCUGCCUUUACUGUCUCCGUUAUGAGGUACAGCGCCUCUGCUUUUGGGUUUGCAUUUGAUGCCAUCCUUGAUGUCCUGUCAUCAGCGAUUGUCCUGUGGCGUUAUAGCAAUGCAGCCGCUGUACACUCUGCCUAUAGGGAAUACAUAGCCUGUGUCAUCUUGGGGGUGAUAUUCCUUCUCUCAUCCAUAUGUAUAGUGGUCAAAGCUAUCCAUGACCUCUCAACUAAGCUGCUCCCAGAAGUGGAUGAUUUCCUGUUCAGCGUCUCCAUUUUAAGUGGGAUCCUUUGCAGCAUCCUGGCAGUGUUGAAGUUUAUGCUGGGGAAGGUUCUGACCAGCAGAGCACUCAUAACAGAUGGGUUUAACUCCCUUGUGGGAGGUGUGAUGGGCUUCUCCAUUCUUCUGAGCGCAGAGGUGUUCAAGCAUAACGCGGCAGUCUGGUACCUGGACGGCAGCAUAGGUGUGCUGAUUGGACUCACCAUAUUUGCCUACGGGGUCAAACUCCUCAUCGACAUGGUGCCCAGGGCGAGGCAGACGCGCCACUACGAGAUGUUCGAGUGAAGGGGCCAGGGCCACUGGUUCUGCAUCUGCAUGAAGACCGUCAGGACGGCGAGAGGUGUCUACACAGGCAGACGGUGCCAACAUUUAAGUGAACAUCCAGUGUCUUUUUGGGAAAGUUUAUGUUCAUGGAACGAGGCCUGCCCGGCAGGUCGGUCUGCACUGCUCCCCUCGCUCCAUUCCUCCCAUCACACCCGUCAGGACAACCCGCACAGGAGGGGAGGCUGGUUUCCCCGUCUCCAGUGGGAACUGACCUUUUCUAUUUUUUGGAGUAAAAAGGUUCUUGUGGGUAGGAUGAGAUCGCUGCAUGGAAGAAAGUUCUUCGGCGGUGCUCCAGGCCUGAAAUGGAUAGCAACUGACCAGACCCACAUCCUCUGGCUUCCCAGUGGCCCCAGCCACGUUGUAGUUCUAGUCUCUUACUUCCUGGCAGAAUGUAAAGGAAGACCGUACGUACCCUUUUGUCCACCCCCUCUCCAGAACCACCAGUAUAUAUCACUUCCUAAUUUCUAUCAGUGUAUUUCAUUAGUUUCAUACUGUUUUACUAAUCUUAAAACUCAACAGAUUUAUUCAAAAGGAGACCAUUCUAUUUUUAAAGUCCUUAGUGAUAUAUGUAUGAGCUUUGCAUGGAUGAACUAAGCACAUGACCCUUUCUUGUACACGGAGAACCCGAACAUACAUGUAAAAACAAGAUCCAUUUUUGACAGAUGUGAAACUGUUUAUUUGUAAUAAAUAAUUAUAUAAUCUAUCCAUAUAUGCAUAUAUCUAUAUGCCGUGUCAAGUGGUAAUGGUACAUUACAGUCUGUUAGAGAUGGUUGACUCCUCUGUAAGGUACAAGAUAUCUUCAGUUUGUGUAACUUUAGGUAUAGGUUCUGUAAUAAUGUUCCCCAGCAUACGACAGUCUGUAUCUCUAGCACUGCCACUUGUCCAGGCGACAGUGUCUCACCAAUAAAGACCUUUACCUGUUUUGUAUGGUACAGGAAGGUUAUCUUUGAGAGUUAUCACCACCAUGGGCAGGUUUUCCUGACUGAAGGAUGAUGUGGAAAGGUCACUCAUUCCUGGUAGAGUAUGAGUGGAGACCCUUAAGGACUGUCACGAUGGUCUUGGUGGCCUCUGUAGGGCAGACCAGCGCCCUGCUGAGGUAAGGAAAGUGGCCACGCACUCAUUUGGUUGUGCCCGGGGCUCUUGGAGCUGAGCUUGCCCGGGAGGGAUGGCUGCUCCCCAGGCCUCGCCCCCCACCUUCUGUGCCCAUUUCCCACCUGGGUAUGUCAGGCUGGUUAAGGGGAGGUGGUUUGGUCUAAGAAGUUGCUGACCUUGAUUCGGUCUGAUCCCUCAGUGUGGCUUCCUCCAACAUCAUUUUGAGGAGUGUUCUGUGGGAUGUUAACAAGUUAUAAGGAAAAAAGUGUCGGCUGUUAGAAUAGGUCUGAGAAAGGCACGAUUCAAUAGGUUUCUUUUCUGCAGGUUUUCUCAUUGUAUUUAAUGUAUAUUGUGGAAGCUCAGAGAGGGGAAGCUAGGGUGUAGCCUCCCUUGAGAACUCAAGUUUUUCUUGGCACCUCUUUUGAGAUUCAUGUCUCACCAAACGUGCUCUAUCUGGGAACACUGCAUGGUGUCUCCGUUCUGGGCAGUAACCAGGAGCUCCACUGGCUUCAGAGAGGCUGUGCUGACGAGGACUGAGCCAUGCCCUCCAGCAGGCAAGCCUUCGGUGUGGCCAAGGACUUGACUUUCCAUAUGUUUCCAGGUCAUGUGCCUAACCAGGCGCUCAUGGCACUGAGACCUGCGUCAAAAAUUCUGUCAAGAGAGGGGAAUGUAUUCCAAGCCCUCGGCCUUUUUAGACUAUUUUACUAGCACAUCCUUAAAGAUCUUCAAACAUCUGAUGUAGAAGUUCAUAGCUACGUCAAAAUAAUAGAAAACAGCCCACUUUCUGAUCCAGUUCCUUUCUUAGUAAAUGUUCUGAAAUUAGUAUUGGUAGAUGUGAUACGAGGGAAAGAAUACUCAGCAGUAGAAUCGUUCUCCUCCACUCCUGAAGUAUACCUUCCCCAGCAUU